GGCACACCUUCACCCAGAGCCAGCCCGAGCCCUUGGCAGUGUCCAGCCUCUCCCACCCUCCGUAGUUCCUCUCCACGCAUCGCCAUGGCACCCAAGAAGAAGGAGAAGGAAGAGCCCAAACCAGCCGCCCCCAAGCCCCCAGAGCCCGAGAUCCCCAAGGAGCCCGAGUUUAACCCCGCAGAAGUGCAGAUUGAAUUCACACCUGAGCAGAUUGAGGAUUUCAAGGAUGCGUUCCAGUUGUUCGACAGAACGCCACUCAAUGAGAUGAAAAUCACAUUUGCCCAGUGCGGAGAUCUGAUCCGGGCCCUGGGGCAGAACCCCACCAACGCCGAGGUCAUGCAUGUCCUGGGAAAGCCCAAGCCUGAUGACAUGCAGACCAAGAUGCUGGACUUCGACCAGUUCCUGCCCAUGCACCAGCACAUCUGCAAGGCCAAGGACCGCGGCACAUUUGAGGACUUCGUUGAGGGUCUGAGGGUGUUCGACAAAGAGGGCAACGGCACCGUCAUGGGCGCUGAGCUCAGACACGUGCUGGCAACACUGGGUGAGAAGAUGAAGGAGGAGGAGGUAGAGCAGCUGAUGGCAGGACAAGAGGACUCCAACGGCUGCAUCAAUUAUGAGGCUUUCGUAAAGCACAUCAUGGCUAGCUAAAAAGUCUGCAGAUGAUCAAGACACCUUGGAAUUGGCUGAAGACAAACAUGCUUCCCUUUUUAUAUGAUCCUUUGGCGUACGUGCAAGUCCUCUGUUAACUCAUGUGCAAGGUCUCCCCCUACAUUAGUUAACUUCCAGUUGUUGUUUUUUUGUAAUUCCACACACCUGUUCAAACCAAAUAAGUAACUGUAUAAAAUAUACAGUACAUGUUCAUUAUUUCAUGUGACAUCAGAAAAAUAAACAAAUGUAAAAAAAGGC